AUGGCCCCCUCACUCUUUGCUCUUGGUACGGCUGCCCUAGCUUUGGCUGGUGACGCCGCCGCCAAGCAGUUCGUCCUCGACGACACCUACGACUCGACGAACUUCUUUGACAAGUUCGACUUCUUCGAGAGCAGAUACGGCACUGGAAAUUACAACGAUGUCGACCUCACUUCGGGUUACAUCAACUACCGGACUCGUGUCGAUGCCCAGAAGUUGGGCCUCAUUAGCAACGCCGGUGGUGAGGUCUACUUGGGCCCUGAUGUCCAAAAUGUCACCGAGUUUCCCGGUGUUGGUCGUUCCAGUGUGAGGCUCGAGAGCAAGGCCAUCUACAACAAGUCUCUCAUGGUCGCCCGCUUCUCUCACCUGCCCAAGCCUGUCUGCGGUGCUUGGCCUGCUUUCUGGUCUUACGGUGCCCCGUGGCCCCAGAAGGGUGAGCUCGACUGGUUUGAGGGCUGGAACAAUGCGGCUGCCAACAAGCCCGCCGCCCACACCUAUCACUCGUCCGAGCAGGGCCAGUGCAUCAUUAGUGAUGCUGGCCAGAUUUCCAAGGUCAAUACGGCCAACUGUGAUCAGUGGGCUCCCGGUCAAUACCAGAACGAGGGUUGCGCUGCCACUGCCACCUCUGCUGAUCCUUGGGGCUCUGCUGACGGUGGUGUUUACGCCGUUGAAUGGACCGAUGACUACAUCAAGUUCUUUGCCUGGACUCACGGCGCUGCUCCCAAGGAUAUUGGAUCCGACUCCCCCGAUACCUCCUCCUGGGGUACCCCUUCCAUGCUGAUCUCCAACGACAAGUGCAACAUCAACAGCCACUUCGGGGACCAGAAACUCGUGAUCAACAUUGACUUCUGUGGCGUUCUCGCCGGCAACGAGUUUAUCUGGAAGGACCAGUGUGCUGCGUCUACCGGCCACGCCGUCUGUUCAACCUACGUCGCGCAAAACCCCUCGGCUUACAAGGAUACCUACUUCAAGAUCAAGGACAUUCGUGUCUUCAAGGAGGGUAGCAAGCCCGCGGUCACGACUUCAACAUCUGCCUCCGUAUCUGCAUCUGCCUCCGCGUCAGCUUCUGCUUCUGCCUCCAUCUCUGCUUCUGCUUCUGCCUCCGCGUCGGCUUCUGCUUCUGCCUCGGCCAGCGAAUCUCACUCGCAGACAGGUACGGCCAAGGUCACUGACAAGUCUGUCAGCGUCUCCGACUCCCAGACUGCUAUCGGUAAUGCCUCUGCGUCCAAGUCUGCUUCCAUCACUGCUACCGGCAUAGCUACUGGCACCAUCACCGCAAGCGCCAGUGCCACCAAGUCCGCGUCUGCCAAUGGCUCCGGCUCUAUUUCCAUCAAGUCCAACAGCGUUAUUGACGAGGACGUCUGCACCGAGGAUGACGAUGGUGUCAUCACCAAGAGCGUAGUCACCACCAAGGACGUAGUUACCAACAAGGACGCAACUACCACCAAGAGCGGCAUCACCAACAAGCAAACCGAGGCCGUCGUCUCGACGACCGCCGUUGAGCUGACCACUUCGACUGUCUACACCACCAAGGUCUCGACCGUCACUGCGUGCCCACCGGCCGUCACUGAUUGCCCGGGCCGGAUUGGUAAGGUCAUCACAGAGACCAUCGCUCUCUACACCACCGUGUGCCCCGUCUCAUCGGUCUCUGCUCCUAAGCCCACGGAACCAGUCAGGGGCAACAAUCACAACGAAAACAACGACAAUAAGCCCAACCCCGGGUCUGAGGUCUCAACCACCACUUUGACCACCGUGUAUACCAUCACAAAGUGCCACCCUUCCGUCACAAACUGUCCCAUUGGAAGCGUCACCACCAAGAUCGUGACGAAGUCGGUCCCUGCCGCCGGCCCGUCCGUGCCCAUCGUUACCAAGAUCGUUGUUCCUUCCGGUUCCAUCUCCGCCCCGGGCGUGACCAAGACACUCUCCCGGGUCUCAUCCUCCGGCCUCCCCCCGAAGCCCAGCGCUCCCAACGGCAAGCCUCCCGGCUACAACUCUACCACACCGGUGUCCAAGCCCUCCACCCUGUCUGCCCUUAAGCCCUCAGGAACCGCCCCCGGUGCUUCAAUCACCGGCUGCUCUGGCCCUAGCUGCCCGACCAAGCCGGCCGUUGUCGUUAACGCCGCCGUCCAGGCCGGCGCCAGCUUCGCGCUCAUGGCCCUUGGCGCCCUCGCUGCCUUUGCCUUAUAG